AUGCAACGCAGGCAUUCCUCCCAGAGACCAGACGACACAGCCGCCCCCCAGAGACCAGACGACACAGCCGCCCCCAGAGACCAGACGACACAGCCGCCCCCAGAGACCAGACGACACAGCCGCCCCCAGAGACCAGACGACACAGCCGCCCCCAGAGACCAGACGACACAGCCGCCCCCAGAGACCAGACGACACAGCCGCCCCCAGAGACCAGACGACACAGCCGCCCCCAGAGACCAGACGACACAGCCGCCCCCAGAGACCAGACGACACAGCCGCCCCCAGAGACCAGACGACACAGCCGCCCCCAGAGACCAGACGACACAGCCGCCCCCAGAGACCAGACGACACAGCCGCCCCCAGAGACCAGACGACACAGCCGCCCCCCAGGAGACCAGACGACACAGCCGCCCCCAGAGACCAGACGACACAGCCGCCCCCAGAGACCAGACGACACAGCCGCCCCCAGAGACCAGACGACACAGCCGCCCCCAGAGACCAGACGACACAGCCGCCCCCAGAGACCAGACGACACAGCCGCCCCCAGAGACCAGACGACACAGCCACCCCCCAGGAGACCAGACGACACAGCCGCCCCCCAGAGACCAGACGACACAGCCACCCCCCAGGAGACCAGACGACACAGCCGCCCCCCAGAGACCAGACGACACAGCCGCCCCCAGAGACCAGACGACACAGCCACCCCCAGGAGACCAGACGACACAGCCGCCCCCAGGAGACCAGACGACACAGCCGCCCCCCAGGAGACCAGACGACACAGCCGCCCCCAGAGACCAGACGACACAGCCGCCCCCAGAGACCAGACGACACAGCCGCCCCCCAGGAGACCAGACGACACAGCCGCCCCCAGAGACCAGACGACACAGCCGCCCCCAGAGACCAGACGACACAGCCGCCCCCCAGGAGACCAGACGACACAGCCACCCCCAGGAGACCAGACGACAAAGCCACCCCCAGGAGACCAGACGACAAAGCCACCCCCAGGAGACCAGACAUCCUACUCAUAAUACAAUAAAGUGA